CUGUGCAGCGAACCGAUGGCAAUGUGGGUCAGCCCUUGAAUCGAUCUGGCCGACACGGGGGCGGCGCGACACUGAGUGUCAGCCGGAUCCCGGACUGCUUGAUUGACAGCCGAGGUCUGGGUUCGGCUCGUUCACGGGAGACACACACACACGCACACGUACACGCGGCGAGCUACCGGCACAGGAGCUCGGCUCCUUCAGCUCCUCUCGAGUCUGCAGCGGGCCUCUGUGGUUUCUCUCAUGAUACAGUACACCACUUGAAGCAGAGAUUCACCCUUACCGCGAGGCAACAUUUUUACUUACGAGUUCGAGGAAAUUUGCGCAAGCCUCACCUGAGAGACUUUUGGCUGUUGGCUCGUAGCUGGGACUACUUUUUUUUCCCUCUCUCUCUCUCCCCACUGUGCCAGGAAGAAAUAACCUGAAUUGAAUUGGGAGAGGUGUUUUCUUUUCCCCCCUCUAAUCUUUAAAAAAAUGAGUUUGAACGAGCAUUCAAUGCAAGCUCUAUCCUGGAGGAAGCUCUAUCUCAGCAGGGCAAAACUCAAAGCCUCCAGCAGGACGUCGGCUUUACUUUCUGGUUUCGCCAUGGUAGCCAUGGUGGAGGUACAGCUUGAAUCGGGGCAGGAUUACCCACAAGGUCUCUUGAUUGCUUUCAGUGCCUGUACGACAGUACUGGUUGCAGUACACCUUUUUGCUCUCAUGAUUAGCACUUGUAUUCUUCCCAAUAUCGAGGCCGUGAGCAACGUCCACAACCUCAACUCUGUCCACGAGUCGCCCCACGAGCGUAUGCACAGGCAUAUUGAACUUGCGUGGGCUUUCUCCACCGUGAUUGGGACCUUUCUUUUCCUCGCUGAAGUCGUGCUACUGUGUUGGGUUAAAUUUCUUCCAUUAAAGAAGACUCCUGUGGAUUCUACGAAAGAUAAUUCGACAUCGAUAUCGCCCGGAAAAGCAGCGGCUAUUACAUCCACAGCAAUUAUGGUACCUUCUGGAAUAAUUUUUAUCCUAUUUGCUGUUCACUUUUACCGGUCGUUAGUGAGCCACAAGACAGAGCGAGUUGAAAGAGAACUGGACGUACUUGUACAGCUGCAGGACCAGUUGGACAGAGGGGACACGUUGCACCCAACUGCGUCUCAUUUUGGAUAAGAAUAGUUGUAAGCUUAUUGGAAUAGCCUUAUGACUAGUUUACAGCACUUUGUGCAUGAGAUGACUGUUACACAAAUCUACAAGUGCUAGCUGAUCCUCAGUACUACUAUGGAAUACCUUGGGUCAAUAACCAGCAGAGAACACCUCUGUUUUCACUUUUAAAUUCAGAUUAAAUGACAGUGCAUGUAUUAACUUUGGAUUUGUAUGGAAUUUUAAAUGGAUUGUUUAAACUUUCAUUAUUAAAGAAAUCGGGUGUACGUGUGUUUUACAGGCAUGUCUUAAUAACAAUUUUUUUUAAUGUAAUACGCAAGUUUCUCUUCAUUUAUAAAGCAUUUAUUUAUGGGACAUGCAGUGCUGGCCUUCAGCAGCAGCCAGUGCCAUUAGUUAAUCUGCUGGUGAAUUGUGAGGGGGAAAAUAAUCGCACUUUGGUCUGUGUGACAAAGGUGUCUCUUGGCUGUUUGUCCUUCUCAAAUGCUUGCUAUUUCCUUAUCCAAAGAAAUUGAUUGUUACUGUCACCUAUGCCUGUUGUUUGCAUACAGCACAUCUAUCCUAACUGUGAUAGACCUCUUGAGAUAUUCCGAUUUCCCCUUUUUUACACACACAGGACAUUAAAUCAACCUGACGUAUUUAAUCCCGCUCCUGCCACUUCAUUAUCAAUUACUUUGUAUGUCUCUGAAAACAGUCAUCAUGUUGCAUUCCCUGACUAGUCUAGAAAAAAAACUUCCAUAACUAACUCUACAGAACUUUAUUUUUCACAUAUUUGACACUGCUUACUGAGCAUAAACUUCUAGUUUAUCUCCCUCUACUUUAUUCAAGGCUGUUGCCAGAUGUCAUGCUGCAGAGGGAAGGAAGAAAGGAAGUGUAUUAUGAUAAAACAGCAGUAUACAUAAGUGAUCAGUAUACAUAAAAAUUGACAUGUGGACACAGAACAGUGCUGAGUAUCUUUUUGAAUGGCUUACAACAAUCAACAAUUAACUCAAAGUGAAUCAAUAUUGUUUGCUGCAAGGGAAGACGAGCACCACGUAAGAGCCGGUGAUAGCUUCAAAAUAAAGUAUAGUAUAGCCACUCCCUUUUUAUGCAUAAACAGCUGCUCUACUUCAGCUCAAGGAUGGAAUGUAUUCUGUUUGUCUACUUGAUCAGUGUCCUUGGCAUUCUUACGACAACCGAAUCCACUGGUCUGCAGUUAAGGACUGUGGUUUCAUCAGAAUAAUGUUGCAUUAACGCUAGUAGCAAAGCACUCUGGUAGAAUACGGGUUCCAUUUUGUUGCAGACAAAAAAUGUAAUUUUGUUACUACAAGUAAAGAACAUUUCCACAAGGAAGAUGGGUCUCCUCAGAGACUAAAAAGGAAAUGUAUUCAUGGAGAUAGAAGAUGUAGCCAUGGUAACAAAUGAACACUGCAGCAUUAGUUACCUCUUUGAUGAUGAUUAAUGUAGUCUCAGGAAGAAGUCAUUGAGAUUCUGAAAGGGUACUUGAGACAAGAUAACAGGAAAGCUAUCUGCGUCUCAUUGAUCAGAUGGGAUGCAUUCCAUUUUGACAAGAGAACUGUUGGGUUAAGGGUGGAUCUAAUACGGUAGAUGAGGGACGACCAUGCAUGUGGUUAAUUAGAUUCUCAGAAGACCUUUUAAAGCCCCUUACAGGAGGAUGGAGAGCAAGGUUAGCUUGUAUGGAAUUGAAGACAAUCUAACAAUGGGUGAACAGAUGGAAGACGUAGAAUGGUAAUAAAAGGGUUCUGGUUGACAGGCUGUGAUCUGUGAAGUACUGCAGGGAUUAGUGUGUGUGUGCCACAACCUUUGACAAUCUGUAUCAAUUUUUUGCUAAAGGGGACCAAGUCUGCUGAGGACGUGAAGCUAUGUGAGUAAUGCUGAAGAAGUCGGGUGAGGAUAUUGUAGCGAGUGAGUUGUAUGUCUAAUGAAAAGUAAACACAGGAAUGCAGCAUAUUCCUUAACUGAAGAAACUGGGAUGUGCAGAUGCUCAAAGGGAUUGGGGAUCUCUACGCCAACGUAUAGACAAUGAGGAAGGUAAAUUGGUUGUUAGACUUUAUUAUUGAUGGUCAGCUUAGUGGUGCACUUAGUAUCGCUGCCUCACAAUUCCAAGGAUCUGGGUUCAGUCAUGAUGGUUGGAUGCUGUCCGUGAAGUUUGUAUGUUCUCCCUAUGACAACAUGGCUUCCACUGGGUGUUCUCGUUUUCUCCCACAUCUCAAUGACAGGCCAGUGCAGAACUGGGUAAGGAAACAAAAGGGGAAACUAAGAAUGAGUAGCAGUGUUAUAAGGAGGGAAGUGUGUGUGAAUGGGGUUCCCUUUCCUCAAAGGCUGUAGAGCUGGGGACAGAAUUGGACAAUGUUGAAUAGACAAUAAGCCGUGAUCUUGUGUAACUGUGAAGUGUGUCCAUGAGGACCAAACAGCCUACUCUUUCUCCUUGUGUUGUGGGUGGUGCCUGAGUUUUGGUAAAACCCUGCAACUAAAGACCAUUCAGUUUAUUCUCAGUGAUGGGGAAAGUUUUAGAAGCAUUACAGUGCCAAAUUAGAAAUCAAGAGUGAGAAAGUAUAGAUUAGUUGAAGUCAAAUAAUCACUUAAUUUUGAAUUCGUGAUCAAGUAACAGAAGGCAGCUAAAGGAAUUGCAUCUCGUUCAUCUGCACUUCCAGAAGGCAUUUCAUAAGAUACCACUUAAUAAGCUUAUCAAGUUUGAAGGCUAUGGAAUGAAAGGGACUGUAAGGAUAGAAGACUUGGAUAAGUACCAGUCGUGUUUCCUAUGGGCAGUGUAGGAAAGUGAACAGCUGAGUUCCCCAGGGAUUGGUAACAGUAUUGGUCUGACAAGAUACAAUUUCCAAGUUUUCACAUGAUGUAAAAAAUUUUGAGGUGUAGUGAAUUGACAGGAGGAUAGUAAUAUUCAAGAAAAUAUAAACAGGCUGGUAGAAAGGAUAUAGGAGGAGACAAAACUUUUAUUGCUGGAAAAAGUUAAAUGUUGCAAGAAGAAAUGAAGAGGAUGCAAUUCUAAAGGGGUAUAAGAAGAGAUGGGGGUUUUUGCACAUUGUUGAAACUGGCAAGGCAGAUUUAGAAUGAACCUAAGAUCCUGCCAUUUAUCAAGUGCAACAAUCGAGAAACCAUAGUUUCUUGGGCAAGUCUCCAAUGAAAAGCCCUUUGAGAUGAUGCAGAAGAAACUUACUUGCCUUCUGUUACUCCAUCAUGAAUUCAAAAUUAGGUGGUUAUUUGGCUUCAACUUUCUCACUCUUAUUUGGCACUGUAAUUGUUUCUAAGACUUUCCCCAUCGCUGAGAAUCAUCCAAAUGAGGAUCCAUGAUUGUGUGGAGAAACUGAGAUGGUUUUCCUUGGAACUGAGGAGAUUGCAUGUGAAUCGGACAGAGAUAUUCAAUGUAGAUGAACCCAAACUGAUGAACUUCCUACCUGCAGUAGGAUUUCAAAGGAGAAUUGUUCUUGCACAGAGCUAGUCCGGCUUUACAGGCCAAAUAGUCUUCCUACAGCCUCCAACCAUUGUGAUUCUGGUGGUUUUGUUAAUGACACACUUCAUCAGCAGGGAUGGCAGAGCAAAGAGAAGAAUGAUGUAAGAGUAAAGCAUUUUGCUUCCUGUUUAAAAAUCCAAAAUGACCAUACAAAGCAAAGCACAACAGAUGCUGGAAAUGUAAAAGGAAACAAAAUAAUUGGGAACAUUCAGAUUCUAAAACUUUUUUUAAAAAAGGAAAUCAGUUGACCAUUGGGAAAGAUCAUUGCCCCUCAUGCCUGUGCCUUUACCAGAACUUAACUAUGCUUCCCUCCUGAGGUCUUUCAUUGCCUCAGCCUACCUUCCAAGCUGCUAUGGGUUUCCAUACACAUCUAGUCCAGCAACGUGUACUAACAAUUCACAGCUCCAAUUCCAUUGAGAUCAGGGAAAAAGGGUAGCAGUGAAAUAGUAAGUAGAACUUCUUAAUUUAACUUCAAUUCAUUACUUCAUAUUUAAUUUUUGAUAUGUGAAUUUAUUUUUGUUUUUUGUUAUUUAAUAUUUUGUAGUGUUUUUGAAUGUGGAAGAUAUAAAGUUUCAAGUUCAUUGACCAC